AUGUGCAGGUUUGUUAGGCACAGGGUCUUCGGCGACACCUGCAAGGCCGUCGUGUGGGCCGCCUUCAUCGCCUGGCUGGUUGCCCUGCCGCUGUGCGUGCGCUACGUCCAGCUCAGAGACGCCCGGUCCAAGGGAUGCCAGCACAUCGCCCACCACAACGAAGGGGUCCACCACGACGGAAUUUUCUACGCCUUCCUGGCCGCCUCUGCAAUGGCGGUGGCCGCAGCGGGGGCUUGGGGCCGGCUGCGCAUGCGCUCAGAUUUUGGCAUUUGCCAAAAUGGCCGUGACGUCAUGGAUCAAAAUCGAUGUCAUGCCAUGACGAAAUGGAUGGCGGCUGUUGUUUGUUGCGAUGCUGCCAGGCAGCCCGUGGUGGAGGCGGCGUGCCUGUGGCUGUUCUGCAGCCGUUGCGCGCUGUGCCAAGAGACACGCACCGUUCUGUGGAACAACGUACGGCGGGGGGAGUGGCGAGGGCCGGAAGAGAUGGCGCUGGUGACCGGGUUGCCUGCGGUGUCGUUGGCGCGGGGAGUGCCUAUGUUCCAACCCCAGGACACACGCGCUUAG